CUGAUUCUUGAACUGUGUCGUUCUGAAGAGACCGCAGAGCUCCAUGUUAUUCAGCCACACCUUGACCGAAUGCAGAACCUCAGAUCUCUGUGGAAGAUUGAGUCAGAGACAGAACAACAAACAUCUGACUCUCAUUUCAUGGGCCUGGUCCAAAAUCUGCUGAGAGAUCCUGUAGAGAGAACAAACUUUUUCCAAGAUGUUUUUCCAGGAGACUUUGGUCCAACAUAUGACAAGGCUAUUCAGACACUGAUGUGGCUUUUUCUGUCCAGACUGGAAAAGCUUCUUCCUAACCAAACACUUCAGCAGAUCGCUUCAUUAAUCACCGACACCAAAACUGUUCUGAAUGAGUCAUUGAAGACACUGGUCCAACCUCAGGAUCUCAGAGUCUUGCUGGAGACUCAGAAAAAUCUCAUCCAGUUAGAAGACAUCGAGUCUUAUGCUGUUGACAGUGGCAUCUUGUCAGCUCUGUGUCUCCCUCCUGUGGAAAGAGUUGUGAUUGUCAAUGAACCAACAGAAACUGAUGCAGAGAACAGCCUUGUGUAUACAGUGUGUUCAGAAAUGGAGGUGGAAUCUGAGAACAAAGAAGUGUACGUUGAAGGAAAUGGAGAAUCUGAGUCUGCACAGCCCCAGUGGUUUGGCAUUAGUGGUGAGGUGAAGGCAGAAAUAGACAGUGUUGUGGUUACAGAUGCCCCUGGAGGUGUUGAAGCCAGUGAGGAGGAAAUAGCAGAUGACCACAAUGAUCCAUCUGGGACACUGAUCAUUGGGGAGGAUGGCCAGGUGACUGUGCUGGACGGUGGGGCAAAGAAGUCAAACAGGCGUGGUAGGAAAAAAAAACACCCUGCAGACAAAGACUUCAAAGGUGAAAGCAGAUCAAGGGGCUUUAACGUAGCUUCAGAAACCGACAUCUUGGAGAGACCAGUGCGAAAGAACAGAGGGCUUAAAAUGAAAAGGUACUUGUCACAGUGGAGAAAGUCAGACAAGACUCAGGACAGCGAUCCUAGUUCCCCAGGUUCAGCUACAAGUAACAACCUCAAUGAGAGAACAUGCAAAGUGUGUGGUAAGGUGGUGAGUAAGGCCAAGUUCUUACAGCGACACAUGAACCAGCACUCAGAGAAGCUGCCCAUCGCAUGUACUGUGUGCAAAAGGUUUUAUAAGAGUUUGCGCUUCUUGCAACAGCACAAAUGUACAGUUUCAGCUAGAGUAAGUCCUGACAAAAAAGGUGCAGAGGAAGAGACGGCAGGGAGGGUUGAGCAGUCGUCCAGUGGGAUUCUUGUUGAGGUAUAUGAUAAAGAGCAUCCCCUGGAUGGCUCUGCCCAGAACCCAGAAGACCUACCCUCUGCAGAGGGGUGUUCACAGGAAUUGGAAGAAAAGAGCCUUGAUGAUGAUAAGAACUCACUGGAAGGUCCAUUUUACUGUCCUCACUGCAGCGUUGAGUUCAAGUGCAGACAAACAUUUAGAUUUCAUUUAAGAAAUAUUUGCUAUAAUGAGCAGCAAGUAGAUCCCGAAAACCCAGAAGAUAUUAAACACUGUUUCAGAUGCGAUGAAUGCAAAAAGGCGUUCAAAUACAAGUCAACUUUGGAUUCCCAUAAACAGACACACAACCCCUUGUACUGUGAGGUAUGUAUGAAGUUAGUACGUGAUUCAGACGCUCUGGCCAUGCACAAAGAGUCCCAUACACCAUUUCAGUGUAACAGAUGUGAGGAGAACUUCCCUGUGUUCAAGGCUCUUCAUAAACAUUACAUUGAUAUUCACAACCCCACUGAGCCUUUUACUUGCCCCUACUGUGAGACAACAUUUGCUAGUUUGAAGCGUUUUAUCAGACAUGAGUGGAAACACACUGGUUACCAGCCUUUUCAGUGCACCCAUUGCUCUAAACGGUUUCGCUCCUACUCUGAUCUUGUAGAGCACCAAAAGAAACACACUAAAGCUUAUCCUUUUCUUUGCUGGGAAUGUGGCAAGAAGUUCAGGCAUAGCGUCACUCUGACGAGACACGUAGAACGUGUGCAUCACUCUGGAGAACCUGCGAUGGAGAAACCCAUGCCGGUUUUCACCUGUACACAGUGUGGGAAGACCUUCUCUUCCAGGAGGUGCCUUCUGAAACAUGAUAAUUUCCAUCACAAAGGAAUGCGUUUCCCAUGUGAGCACUGUGGAAAGGGCUUCUUCGGCAAGGAUGCGUUGGUCAGGCACACGUUGAUUCACACAGGCGAAAGGCCUUUCAAGUGUGACGAUUGUGACAAGUGUUUCAGGUCUGCUGCAGAGCUGAAGAUACAUCGAAGAUACCACACCGGGGAAAGACCUUUCAAAUGUAACAUUUGUGAAAAAGGGUUUGUCCAGUCAUGUUUUCUUACGCUACACAUGCGGACCCAUACCGGAGAGAGGCCAUAUGUCUGUGCUGUGUGUAGCAAGGGCUUUUCAAGUUUGCAUGGCCUAAAACGACACAGGAGACUGGUUCAUGCUUAGUUCUGGUAUGAAACUAAUCCUCAUACAUCUGUCAGUGAGGUCCUUGUGAUGGUGGUUAGGGCUGAGCUUCAUCUGUACUAGAACAUGAGGCAGGAUGUAUACUUUAAACAAACUUUUCAGUUUCUUCAGCAUAUUUUUUAUAUUGUGCUGCAUCUGUGGUUGCCACAAAUGGUUUAUUAGAAAGUGUUUAAUGGGGUUGUGAAUUGUAUCAUAUUUUACACAUUUGCUGUAGCGCUACAAAAGAUUUGUAUGUGUGAUUAAAAGUAAUAAAUUUUCUUGAAUAAAACGGUGUUGCAUAUUGA